AUGAUUAGAUCUGAGACUCUGGAACCAUCUGUUGAAUCAUUGUCAACUUCUUUAAGUAAAAAUCAAAUGGAGAUUGUAAAUUCCCACAAUGAAUAUAGAAGAACAGUCAUUCCACCUGCCACCAACAUGGUAAAAAUGUCAUGGGAUCAUGAAGCAAUGAAAACAGCCCAAAAUUGGGCAAAUAAAUGCAUCUGGAAACACAGUCCACGUGAACUUCGAAGAACCAGUACAAGUAGUUGUGGUGAGAAUCUCUUUAAAUCAAGUAAUGCAGUUACAUGGACAACAGUAAUCAAUAGUUGGAAUAAUGAGAAGAAGGAUUUCAAGCAUGGAGUAGGACCAAGGACUCCUGGUGCAAUGAUUGGACAUUACACACAGAUUGUUUGGUAUUCUUCUGCACGUGUUGGAUGCGCAUUUGCCUAUUGUCCAAAUGAACAACUAAAAUAUUACUAUGUUUGCCAUUACUGUCCUGCUGGUAAUCUUCAGAGAAAGCAGCAUGUGCCUUACAUCAGUGGAACACGGUGUGCUGCCUGCCCUAAUGACUGUGACAAUGGACUAUGCAGUUUCCUGAACUCCACGAAGAAUCUGUUUGGAGGUGCUGGCGUCUGCAACAGAAUUGGCCCGCAACAAUAA